AUGUCGCUCUCGGCUAGUCAGCAGGAUGCUCUAGAGCAACUAUGGGCGGUGACGGAUUCUCAAUCGGCCCCUUCUCGCGAGCGAGACGAGCGACUUUUAAGAGAAAACGGAUGGGACGUGCAGCGCACUGUCGAGCUCAUAUUCGCUUCUGCAGAUGAUCAAGGCUCUUCUGCUGGUCCGUCUCGACCUUCCCCGCCGACAUACGAGCCUAUGGAAGUGGAUGAUUCUAUGGCAUACCCUGAUCUUCAACCUAGAUCCAGGCGUCGACCUGCAAGCCGAUCUCUCUCGGGGAGCGGGACGAGCGGAGUAGGUCUUUGGGGAUUCAUAACCUUUCCUAUACGUCUAGUGUGGUCUGUAUUCACUGGAACAUGGUACUUUUUCAUCCGUACUUUCAUACCGCUCUCUUUCCUACCGCAUUUCCCGAGAGCUCUCUUACCGCCUGCUCGACCUACAGGAUCGACAACUCAUCGAGCUCUUGAUCCGACAGCUGAAAGUCUCGCAUUCAUCCGCGAUCUUGAAGUGUAUACUGGCGCUUCAGCUGCGAAUCGCACGUUGCCCGAUUUCUACGCUGGACCGUACCGUGAAUUCCUCUCGCAAGUGAGGAAACAAGGCAAAGUCGGACUGGUGGUGUUGAUGUGUGGAGAACACGAAGAUGAUGAAGAAUUUAAGAGGGAUGUUUUGAUUGAUUCGGAUCUGGUCAGGACGCUGAAAGAUAAAGACAUCAUGGUCUGGGCGGCGGAUAUUAGAUCAAGAGAGGGAUAUCAGGUGUCUCAAACGCUCCUCGUUACGACGUAUCCCUCUCUCACAUACGUUUCCCUAUUACCUGCAUCACCCACGUCUAAUUCUACAGCCUCGCCUCGCCUAUCCGUACUUUCGACAUUGUCAGGUCCACCUAGUACCACCACAUCCGCCUCGUCAAUCGUUCAGACGCUCACCAAUUCCAUUCUCCCGCGUACCGGUCCUUUCCUCGCUCGACUGAAACGCGAGCGGCUGACGCUCGAGGAAGCUCGACAUUUGAGAGAAGAGCAGGAUCGAGCAUUCAAAGCGGCCGAACGGAAGGAUCGGGAAAGGCUCCAGGCUCAGAGACAGGCAGAACAAGCUGAACGCUUGACAAAGGAGCGCGAAGCGAGAGAACUAGCUGAAAAAGCUUCGCAGGUCGAGAAGAGGAGACAGUGGAGGAGAUACGCUAGGAAACACCUGUUACCACGAUCCGAGGGGUCCAUCCGAGUCGCUCUCCGCACACCUAUAUCGUCUGAGAGGGUCAUUCGACAAUUCCAACCCGGUCCUUCGACUAUGCCCUUGUUCAUCCUCGCGGAGACGCUACUCAUCCCGCCUUCAGACGUGCCAGAAGAAGAUCCAGAGAGCCCGCCGGAAGGAUACGAACCUUCGUUCGACUUUCGAAUUGUCACAGCGUAUCCUCGAAAAGAGAUCGAAAGAGUCGAAGAAGGUGGUGAAGCGAUUUGGAACAAUGUUACAGCGGCUGGAGGUGCAUUGUUCGCUGAGAAAUUGGAUGGUGGAAAUUGGGGAGAUGAGGAGGUGAAGGCGUUGAAUGGGGAAGAUAGUGAAGAUGAAGAGGUCAUCGAAUAA